GGAAUGGCAACUCAGAAAAAAAAGAGAGAAUUGACUCCAGAAUAAAUCUAAUAAAUUAAAGAUGGAUUCUAAAUUUAAAGAGUUAUUAUGAAAGAUUCUGAAACACAACAAGUUUAUUGGGAUUCCAUUUCAGAAAAUGUAUAAAAACAUAAUAAUAUUUUAAAGAUAACUUAAGAUAUCAUAGAUAUAACUUUAGAUCCUAAAAUCAUUACAUCAAAAGCUGCUACUCGAUCAAUCUAAUUUUCUACUAAAGAACUGCUGUAAGAUUUAAUCUUAGUUUAAGAUGUAUAAAAAAACUCACAUUAUUUUAUAGGCUUAUUUAUAUGACAAGAAAGUUGAACAUUUUUCGUUUAAAUUUGGUUUUGUUAUGCCCAAUACUGUUAAUAAUUGGGAUUCUACUAUUGUUAACAGACCACCAGAACAAAUGUUACCAAAAGAAAUCUAAUCAGGCAAUUUAAUUGUAGAUAUCUAAAUGUUUGAAUAAGAUCACCUCAUCUUUAAUGUAAAAGUGAGAAUAUUUUAUUCAUGA